AAUUCGGUCGUCCAAUGAAAAUCAUUGUUUUAUAAAUGUAGUUUUACAACACGGCAAAGAUUUUUUUUUAACAAAAAUAAUAAUCUUUCAUUUUAGAUGGCAAAUUAUGGCUCUGUUCCAGACCUUAUAAGCAGUAGUGUUUCAGUAGAUAUUGGAAAAGGUUAUGUCUCAAAAGAUGGCACAAAACAGACAUCUACAUCGGACACAAUUUAUCCAUUUGUCAGUCCCCAGAAAUCAUUCAUCCGGUCAUUUACUGCAGCCUUUCAUUCUAUACUACGCCUAAAAGAGACAAAGAAGAUUCUGGUUUUCUUAGCCCUUAAUGUGGUUGGCACGGCAACUUUGUUGAUAUGGUGUCAUGACACCAACAGCAUGGCUUUGACAGCCUAUACCUACCUGACUUUAUUUGACAUCUUUAGUUUGUUGACAUGUCUACUGAGUAUUUGGAUUAGACUACAAAAACCAUCACCGGCAUAUUCGUUCGGGUAUGAGAGAUUUGAGGUUUUAGCAACAUUUGCUAGUACAAUGUUAGCACAAUUAGGUGCUUUAUUUAUCAUCAAAGAAAGCAUAGAGAGACUUAUACAGCAACCAGAGAUACACACAGGUCGACUAUUGGUAGGGGUUAUGUUUGCUUUCAUACUUCACAUGUUUCUAGUAUACAGUGUAGAUAAUAAAGCUUUAAAUCAUGUGAUGAGAGCAUCUAGUUCAAGUUGGUUACAGGAACAUACAACAGAUAUCAGUGAAAGUUUAUGCUACCUAAUACCAGGUUUAAGCAAGUUGUUAUUACCACGGAUCAACCCACUGGCCCUGAUAGCUUUUGCUGGAGGCUUUAUGCUUACAAUAACACAUGUUCUUAUUGAUACAAAGAGUUAUUUUUCAUCUGACACAUUGGCAGCCAUGAUGAUAGCUGUGAUGACAUGUGGUACAAUGUUUCCUAUGGCUGUCUAUACUGGCAAAAUACUUCUACAGACAACUCCAGCCCAUAUGUUAGGACAGUUAGACAAAGUUCUGAGAGAAGCCUCUACACUAGAUGGUGUUUUAGAAUUCAGAGAAGAACAUUUCUGGACUCUCUCAUUUGGAUCCCUGGCUGGUUCAGUACAAGUUAGAGUAAGACGAGAUGCCAAUGAACAGCUUGUUUUAUCUCACGUUUAUAACAGGUUGUCUAAUCUAGUAUCUAACCUUACUAUUCAAGUGUUUAAAGAUGAUUGGACAAGAGCUUCUACCUAUAGUUUUAUGGGUAGCGGGGCUAACCCCGCCUUCCAGUCAUCGUACCAUUAUUCAGGGCCCCCGUUACUGCCGGCCAGGGGACCUUCACCUACACAGGACACUCCAUUUACAUCAUCAUUAAUGAACCAGAACAAACAAACAUUGAUGACUCAGCAAUAUGGAGGGUAUGGGUCAUCUCAAGGUCAUUCACAUGAAGGUCAUGGUCAUGGACAUUCACAUGAAGGUCAUGGUCACUCACAUGGCCACAAGUCUAAUUGGUGAUCUAUAGAGUUUUACAUGUUAAGUAGGAAAGAAAACAGUUUUGUUCAAAUUAAAAGAUUAUUAAUUUGUUGUGCAAUAAGUACAUUAAAAACAUUUUGAAUAACAAAUUCAAAUUAAGGAAAUUAUGUUAAGAAAGCACCCUCAGCAAGGUAAUUUUUAUUGCAAAUAAAGUUAUUUCUGGUUAUGAUAAUUGGGUCUACAAAGAAUGGCAUUAUUUAAAGAUUUUAGGGUUUUAUGUUUUUUUACUUGUAAAUCAAUAUAUUUUUUCAUUUGUGGUGUACCAUGAAUCUCAAAAUAACAUUUUA